AUGGCUACUCGUUGUGAAAGAAAAUGGAAAACUUGCAACUCUCCUAUUGAAUUGGGAUAUUUAUUUUGUCCUAUUUGUGGAAAUUCGGUAGUAAGUGUUAACAGUGUCACUUCUAGCGGUUCGUCAGGAGAAACGAGUCAAUCAAAAAGCAAACGAUUUUCUUUAGACAGUUUCGAAAAGUUCAAGAGGCAGAAAGUCAACACAGCUCUUUCUUUGUUCGAAACAAAGGGCGCAAAAGCUCGUCAAAAGAGGAGAAAUAAGUUUUUAUCUACAUUGGUUUGAUGAAAGAAAUGUGUCAAGUCAAACGAGGGGAAUGGCUGCCUCUUUAAAUCAAGCCAGGUGCUACAGCUAAUGACAUCCUGGAAGCUGCAAUUCAGAAACAUUCAAUAUUUAAUAAACUAUAUAAUUCCAAACUGAAGAACAAGUUGGUAUUCAAAGAUGGCAGUGAGGUGUCUAACAUCCCCGGCGGUGACCCUGAAGAAAGUUUUGUAUUGUUUAAGUACAAAGAGUUAUCUGGUUUUUCAUAUGGAAAAAUUAAGUUAUUCCUCAUUCCUGAAAUUACAAGUUUUCAAAAUCGCAUUGAUCAACUGAAAAGCUGUCUUGAAGAUGCUGAAGAUGAUGAAUUGUCAUCUGAAUCAGAGGAGCAAGCACUAUCUCAUAACUCACUGGCUUGUGAAAUCAAAUCUGUGAAUUCUUCCAAUACAUUACAAACCAUUGCAUUACAAACCAAUCCACAGAGACAGAGACAAUAG